AUGGAUCGUAGUUGGAUCAAAGCUAAUCGUUUGAGUGAAGAGUAUGAGAGAGGAGUGGAAGAAUUAAUACAAUAUGCUUGUAAAAAUCUUCCUAAUAAUAAUGGAAAGUUUUAUUGUCCUUGUGUUAAUUGUUUGAAUAGAGAACCAUUGCUUUUAAUUGAUGAAAUACGAAAUCAUCUUAUUUGUGAUGGCAUUUGCCAGAGUUAUAACAAUUGGAUAUGGCACGGUGAAUCUUCAAACAUGCCAAGUGUGUCGGAAAGAGGAGUUGAUGUAGAUAUGGACAAUCAUUUGGAAGACAUGAUUCAUGAUAUUGGACAAGAGUCUUUUCAACGUGCUCAUGUGUACAAUAAUUUGUUUCGCGACAAUAAAGAGAUGUUGUAUCCAGGGUGUACUAACUUCACGAGGUUAUCUGCAGUGCUAAGAUUGUUCAACUUGAAGGCGAGAAAUAAUUGGACAGAUAAAAGUUUUACUGAAUUGCUUGAGCUGUUAUGUGAAAUGCUCCCUGAAGGUAACACGUUGCCGAGUCGAAACUACGAUGCAAAGAAGAUAUUGUGUUUGAUGGGUAUGGAGUACAAGAAAAUACACGCAUGCCCUAAUGAUUCCAUAUUAUACCGAAAUGAGUUUGAAGAGUUGAAUAAGUGUCCCACGUGUGGGGUAUCACGCUACAAAGUGAAGGAUGGUGAUUCCGAUUGUGAUGAAAGCACAAAGCGUCCUCCUGCAAAGGUGUUAUGGUAUCUUCCUAUAAUUCCAAGGUUCAAAAGAUUAUUCACCAAUGAAAAUGAUGCAAAGAAUCUUAGAUGGCAUGUUGAUAAGAGGGUGUGUGAUGGACAACUUCGUCAUCCCGCUGAUUCUUUGCAAUGGAAGAAAAUUGAUGCUUUGUAUCCAGAUUUUGGAAACGAGCCAAGAAACCUUAGGCUUGGACUUGCUACAGAUGGAAUGAAUCCAUAUGGAAACUUAAGUAGUAACCGUACUUCUUGGCAUGUUCUCCUGGUUAUCUAUAAUUUAUCUCCUUCCAUUUGCAUGAAGCGAAAAUACGUUUUGUUAUCUAUGAUGAUUUCGGGCCCAAAACAGCCAGGUAAUGACAUAGAUGUUUAUCUAAAACCCUUGAUUGAAGACUUGAAAAUUCUAUGGCAAGGAAUUGACGUGUUUGAUGGCUAUUCCCAAGAGAAUUUCAAAAUGCGUGCAAUGUUAUUUUGCACUAUCAAUGAUUUUCCUGCAUAUGGAAACUUGUCUGGAUAUAGUGUUAAAGGACAUAAAGCAUGCCCUAUAUGUGAAGAAAACACAUGCUUCGAACAAUUAAAAUAUGGAAAAAAGACACCUUACCUUGGGCAUCGAAAGUUUCUUAAACCUAAUCACCCAUAUCGUAGGUUAAGAAAAGCGUUUAAUGCAGACAGGGAGGAUGAAAUUGCUCCACAAGCCUUAACCGGAGAAUAA